AUGGUUGACCCUCAUAGGCACAUCCGGAACCUCACGGAGGACCAGAAGCGCUUCCUGGACGAGUGCGAGAAGGAGUUCGCACAGCGCUUCACGGAGAAGGAGCGGGAGUUCAGCGAGUUCUAUCGCAAGGAGCCCCAAGAACCGCCGAUUGUGGAGAACUGGAUGCAGGGCCAGUUCGGCAGGCACCACGGCCGCAGUGACCACUACCAAAGAGACCGCUUUGGCGGUGGCCGGAACGACUACAGGCCGCCCGGACGCGGCUACAAUCACCACUCCCGCAGGUACUGA